AUGGGAGGUAAGAAUGUUUUGGCUUUUGUGAUGUUUGCCAUGGCUUUUGGUUUGGCAGUAACAACACUCACUGUUUCUGAUAUUCCUCCAACAUGCAAUGGGGAUGAAAAGUUACUUACCUUUUGUGGAACUUAUUUGGCUAAUGUCAAACCUAGUCCAACUACUGAUUGUUGUAAUGGAGCAAGUGAAGCAUUCAAAAGAGCCAUGGGCAUUCCCCAUGGUCAAGGUAUAAGAGAUAUUUGCAAUUGUCUUAGGGUUGCUGGACCAACCUUAAACUUUCAAGAAGAAAAACUUGUGAGCCUUCCCGAUGUUUGUGGGAUUAAACUUUCCUUUAAUAUGCAUUUAUGUAUAUAUGGCGACUGA